GCCUUUGUUAUGCUCUUCGUCUUUUCUCGUUUGGAGCGGAAUGGAAUGAAUGUUUAUGUUUCUGCAAUAUUGUGUUUUGUCCACAACACAUCCUUGUUAGACAGCGCAGCCUUGACCUCGCCUUACCCUUGCGCUGGGCCUUCAUCAAUACCCCGUGGUUCGAAAUCUACUGCCUCCAACGUACCUUUAAUAUCAGUGCCCGGUCAGCCGCCUCUGGAAGGUUGCAAUAUUGUAACGAGGACCCAACUGCCAAGUUCUGUUCUUCCUCGAUCUGUCAAGUAUCGGUAACCACCCGAAGCUUAGCAACCUCCCUCGCCAUCAAGCCUUACCACGAGCCCCUCCGCUCCUGUAGAUACAUCAUGGCUACUCUCGAGUCCCUCGCACAUCUCGUCGCACGGCAAGAACAGGAUGUGGCUCCGACCUGUGAUACCGGGAAUGCAUAUGACGGUCGCAUCGGUCUGCGAGUAGCCGCCCUGUUUAUUAUCUGGAUUACUUCCUCGAUCGGUGCAACCUUUCCCAUCUUUGCGAAACGACACGCGGGUUUGAAAAUACCAGAAUGGGUUUUCUUCUUCUGCAAAUACUUCGGCUCCGGCGUUAUCAUUGCGACGGCCUUCAUCCACCUUCUGGGUCCGGCUGAAGAUGCCCUCAGAAAUCCUUGUCUCACUGGGCCCAUCACAAACUACACCUGGGUGGAGGGAAUCAUUCUCAUGACCAUCUUUGUCCUCUUCUUUGUCGAGUUGAUGGUCAUGAGAUACGGAAACUUUACGGGCGGACCCACACAUGACCACUCGGGUGCCGAUACAGAGUUGACCUCACCGGCAGAAAAUUUCAAAGACAACCCAUCUGGUUCCACGCUACCAACCCGACCUCACAGCACCACCCUAGGCGAGGAUCAUCUCGGCCACGCCCGUGAACAUAACGACAUUGAGGCAGCCAAUAACCCAUUCAGCCUGGAGGACUACAAAGCUCAAAUGACGGCUAUCUUCAUCCUCGAAUUCGGCAUCAUCUUCCACAGCGUCUUUAUUGGUCUGACCCUCGCCGUCGCCGGCGACGAAUUCGACACUCUCUUCAUCGUCAUUAUCUUCCACCAGAUGUUUGAAGGGCUCGGUCUCGGCUCUAGACUGGCUGUCACCCCUUGGCCGAAAGACCGCAAAUGGACACCCUACCUAUUUGGACUGGCGUAUGGUCUCAGCACGCCGCUCGCCAUUGCUAUCGGUUUGGGCGUCCGGAAGUCUUAUCCCCCCGAAUCCGCCACAACCCUCAUUGUCAAUGGUGUCUUUGAUUCGAUAUCAGCCGGUAUUCUCAUCUAUACGGGCUUGGUGGAGCUAGUUGCACAUGAGUUUAUGUUUUCUCCUAGUUUACGCAAUGCCAAAAUCCAGACCGUGUUGUCGGCGUUUGCAACAAUGGUUUGCGGUGCCGCACUUAUGGCACUUUUAGGAAAGUGGGCCUAAUCAUUCAUGACUACUUUGUACAUAGCAUGGGGAUGUGAUCUCCUGGAAAGCCGCGAUGCGGAAUGACCCAAAUAUUAGAAGAUCUUUCGUGUCGAGUUGCGGGCCCGGAUUUUGCGUUUCUCUACGCUCUAUCUUGUUUCUCGCGCUCCCAGACUCGUCGUCCUCAAGACGAAUUCCCCGGGGUCCCUCUGCAUAAUGGCCAAGACUGCUGGAAAUCUCGACUCGUUUGUUGAGUAGGACAGCGAGGCUUGGAACUCGGAGGACACGUGCGCAUUCAUCGAACUUCAUCAGGUAUGAAUUAUUCACGCAGCCUUGUGCGCCUUCCAUAUCGACAUCUCCCUUCGAUACUCGACUCCAAGUUGGGUCGCCUCAACGUGAGACGCGCGUAGGACUGACUCGGGUUUCACAGCGUAGAAGAUGAAUCAUGUCGGUGCGAUUCAAUCGAUUAUCGAAGUCGUACAUCGUUCACAUGGAUUCAAUCAGUCUGUGGCAGGUUUCAAAGUGAUUGAUCCUUUUUCAGCGAAGUCUGUCAAGCAUUGACUCAUCUUCAGCGAUCGAAGCCAUCGCGGGAAUGGGAAAACUACAAAUAGUUGCGACUCCCAUUGGCCUUUGAUGCUUCUUCCCUUCCUCAGCACCGUCACCCGUCGACAUGGGUAAUUCAUGCCUCCAAUCCUUCGAGAUCGGGUCUAUCUACACUGCUCGCAAACUCAUUUCAAUCGGACCGCAUCGCUUCCAUGAAAUGUGGAAAGAUGAUUUGGUCGAAUGAACGUCACAUAUUGCAAUUCCUUCUGCUUCAACAUGUCAUACGCCUGUCCAGAUUCGUGCCAAACUGGUCCUUUUGGCGGCAGAAUUCACUUUUGAGUCGUGUGCAAUAUUCUUACGGUACACACGGCGGGAGCCAACUACACACCCAAACUGGUGGGCGAACAGCCUGACCGGCAACAUUCCGGCUUUCGUACAAUCCCGCAGUGGUAGUCACUUUGGACUCCUGCAAGAGCAGAGCCAGCAAUAUAUAUAUAAUCCCCGAACAGUCGACGCCCAGGGUCAUUUCGCUGACUCAUCCCUCGCCGCUUUGCUCUCCCGCUAACGACUAUUUAGUCGGAUUCGCUCCCUCGUCCGCUCUCUUCUGCUCCCUGCCUCUCUUUCGCGCUCCCCUUCCACUCCCUUCUAAGUAUACGGCGUUCCUCGCAAGUCUUCUUUCGUCCUUUGUCUCUCGUCUUGUACUAUUACAUUGGAUAGUGAAGGAGGUGAUGGCCUGAUUGGCAAUUGUGAGAUCCUUGGCUAUUUGUGUAAGUUGUCAAUUGUAUAUCUUAUUGCUCUUUAACGUAAUAGGACGUCCAUUAUAUAGGUAUCUAUCUACCGUGAAGUGGAGGCAUGCAUUCAUAUAGGAGCGCCUCUUGAAUACCUUGUGAGUGCCUCGUGAGGUUGACAUUCAUCAGAUAGUAAUAUUAUUGUUAGC